CGAUGAUCCCACCUCCCAUCCCAAGGGGAGGCUAUCACGAUCUAGAGCUGCUCCGCAAGGACUCUUCCAUCGCCUCAUCGUGAGCUUUGGAACCGAAUCUGACCACUAACAUUGACAACACUGACUUCGAUAUUGAACAUAAAACCUCUUCUGCUAUAACAGAACCUAAUGACAUACCUACCCACAACGAUAGCACGAUAGCAUCUUCAGGAAGAUAUGGAUCACGUGACAGUAGCAGGAGCAGGUCCAGCAGGACUGAUGCUGGCAUCGAACCUGGUGCGUUUUGGCGUCAAGACGACCAUUCUCGAUGACCGGCCAGACAAGACGUCCAUGGGCCGAGCGGACGGUCUGCAGCCCAAGACCAUCGAGACUUUCAAGCAGCUUGGGCUCGCUGGUUCGCUGCUGCAGAAGGGCGUCAGGGUGUACGAUAUCUGCUUCUGGAACUCUUCCGCAUCAGCACCGCUGCACCGGACCGGGAGGGAAAUCCACUACCCGCCAGCAGUAGUGGAUGUAGAAGACCCUUUUAUUCUCCUGGUGCAUCAGGGAAUGGUCGAAGAGGUUUUCCUUGACGAUUUACGAGCGAGAGGCGUGGAAGUGCUUCGAAGUAGUCCUUUCGUUCGCUAUUCCACCUCGGAUGCUGGGGUCCAAGUGGAAUACCAAGAUCUGAAAGAAUCAACCACCAAAACCCUCUCUACGGGGUUCCUCGUGGGAUGCGAUGGCGCGCAUUCUAAAGUCAGAAAGUCAAUGCCAGGAGCAGAGAUGGUUGGCGAGCCGAGCAGGGCAGCCUGGGGUGUCUUAGACGGAGUCAUUGAAACGGAUUUUCCGGAUCUAUGGAGCAAGGUGGUGAUCAGUUCCGAGACGGAGGGGACAAUCCUCUGUAUUCCGAGAGAGAGGAAUAUGACGAGGCUCUACAUCGAGCUUCACCCAAGCACCGCCGCGGCCGAGACGACGGAGAACUCACCCCAGGACCAAGACUUCGUGAUGGAGAGAGCGAGGGCGAUUCUGAGUCCCUUCAAACUGACUUGGAAAACUGUUGAUUGGUUCGGAGUAUACAAGGUUGGGCAACGAGUGUCGAAGCACUUCUCAGAUGCGGAUAGAGUAUUCAUAGCUGGCGAUGCUGCACAUACACACUCGCCCAAAGCAGCGCAGGGCAUGAACGUCAGCAUGCACGACACUUUCAACCUCGCCUGGAAACUCAACCUCACCGUCCGCGGCCUGGCCUUGCCCAGUCUCCUCUCUACCUACACGGAUGAGCGGCGGAAGAUCGCGCAAGACCUGAUCAGCUUCGACUACGAGCACGCCAACGCUUUCGCGGCCGGUGAUCCCCAGGCCCUCGCCGCCAACUUCGCCCAGAACAUCCGCUUCAUCUCAGGCGUCGGCGCCACCUAUGCCCCCAACGUCCUGAACGUCCCCGAGCCCACGUCACGUGGCGGCUUACGCGCCGGCGCCCUGCUAUCCCCCGCCAUGGUAACGCGCUACAUCGACGCGAACCCCGUGCACCUGCAGCUGGACAUCCCUCUGUUGGGCCAGUUCCGCAUCAUGUUCUUCACGCCAGAUGUCAAGCGCGCGCACGCCUUCCUGGCGACGGUCUGCGCCGAGGCCACAUCUACGCGGACCGUCUUGGGCCGCGUGUCAGCAGCAGCGGAGGCCUCGUACGCGGCGCUGCAGGUCCCGGCAGCCGAGAUGGACGAGUUCGUGCAGCCGCAGCGCUACACGGCGGUGUCGCGCUGCUUCACGCUGGCGGUGGUGACGACGAUGGCCAAGGAGGAGGUGGAGGUUGCGGAUCUGCCGCCGGCGUUGAGGGAUAGCCGCUGGACCUUCUACGUGGAUGAUGUGAUGGGGGCGAGCGGGGAGACGUGUACGGAGAAGUGGCUGGGGAAGCUGGCGGCGGACGAGGUGGCGAUUGUGAAUGUGAGGCCGGAUGGAUAUGUGGGGAGUAUAGGGCGGUGGAGCGUAUCCGGGGCGAGCGCGGGAUUGGAGGCUGCGGGGUGGUUGGAUGGGUAUUAUGGGGGGUUCUUGAGGGCGUAG